AUGAAUGCAAACGGGAACACCGCUUCUUUUCGCAACCUUCCUAUGGCACCAAAACUCGUACCUACAGAUCUACCAACCCUCCAGAGUGCGGGCCGAGUGCUAGCGGACCAGUUUGCGAAGGAUGCGCAAACAAUACCGGACCUGGGGGAUAUGUUGACCAUUCGGCAGUCUUCAGCAUCCUACAGUGUAUUCGCAGAUGACCCCCGUGUCCCGUUUCAAAAGCGGAAGCUCAUCACCAUUCCAGAGUCAUUGUGGGAACAUUAUAAGGCCACCGAGGUUGUCUCACAUAUGGGCAUCAUUCCCGAGCUGGAGCGGGUAUGGGUAUCGAUUGAUUCUAAAUUAUUUCUUUGGGACUACAUGGAGGGCCAAGAAUUGAGUUCCUAUACGGACCAACCCGAUGUGAUUGUUCACGUUGCCCUCGUAAAAGCGAAGCCAGGCGUCUUCAUUGACGACAUCAACUAUGUCCUAGUCAUCUGUACCCCCGUCACGGUUCUCCUCAUCGGACUCUCUAUCACGGAUGUCCCUGGUCCCAGUAAUCGAACUCGCAAACAGAUCGACUUAUACGACACCGGCAUGUCAAUAGCAUGUGGCGUUGAGAUGACUGAUGUCAUCGGUAUGAACGAUGGACGAGUGUUCAUGGUCGGGUCGCAGGAUGGUCAUUUGUACGAAUUGCACUACCAGGAGAAGGAAGGGUGGUUUGGGAAACGCGUACAGUUGAUCGACCACUCUAUCAGUGGUGUAAAGAAUCUCUUUCCCCUUUUCUCGACACCGAGCUCGGAAGAUCGCAUUGUAUCUGUGUUGGCCGACGCACCUCGGAGCAUAUUCUACACACUGACUGCAAACAGCAUUGUUUCUGUGUACUAUCCACAGCACGACAAGUCCAUUCACCUAUUGCAGACGAUUCACAACCUGUACAAAUUAGCCCAGGAGAAGGCCCCAGGAUCACCCGCCCUGACGCCCCAAUCAUUUCGAGUCAUCUCACUCCAUGUUAUCGAACAGAACGAGUCACGCUUAGGCAUCCAACUCAUGGCAAUCACUAUGAAUGGUGUACGGCUUUACUUCGCUCCAUCGUCUACACCAUACAGCUACCACUCAAGCAGUAGUACUGAGCCACGUGGUCACCGCUCACUUCAGCUCAUACAUGUUCGUCUUCCGCCCCCCAACCUCCUUCACCCAGACGAACAGUCGAAUCCUUUCCCACAACCAGCAAACUACGCACCUCGACAAAACCAACAUCCUCCACCAGCAUCGCGUCCGUUCAUUGUUUCCGGCCUGGAGCGUUCAAUGUACUCCGCGGGCGUGACGGUAGCUGCGCAAGCCGGUGAUACAGAUGGAAUGGACUUCCUUCUGUGCAUGUCGCCUGACCUGACGCGGAUAGGCCCUUUUAGCUCAGCAUCUGUCCCACAACCGCAAUAUGUACACAAUAUCUACGGCAGUGGGUCCGCUCCACAGAGAACACCUCUGACGGAGCGUGCCAUUCUUCUCUCCAUUCCUGGGCGCACAUGGGCCAUGGCAGUCGUCCCUCGGGCACAGGCAGCCGUCGGUACCACUGUCCUGCCUCCGGAUACGCCGACACCGGUCGUCACAAAUGAGUUGGCUUACCAAUUUUUGGAGCCGCCGAAGCAGUUUAUGAUCUUGACUAACGUGGGGCUUACAAUUCUUGCAAAACGCCGCGCCAUGGAUUGGCUCAAGGAAGUCAUCGAAGAAUUUCUAACGAAGAACAACAUGCAAAACAUUAUCGAUUUUCGUGACAGUUUCGGUCGUGAUCAGACCUGCGCAAUGCUGCUCGCACUGGCAUGCGGUAAUACAUUCAUUGAUCAAUCGGACCCUUCACCGUUAAGUGGUGUUUCGACACUGUCGCCUGAGGUCGCAAAAGUCGCGAAGCAAGCAUUCUAUGAUUGCGGCGAGCGGCCGGUGUGGACUGAACGAUUAGCAUACGGGACUAACGUUGGUGAUGGGACGGGAACUGCGCUUUUCAGUGGUCGUCGAGAAGGGUUUGCACUCUAUUUUGCACGGUUAGUGCGGCCCGUAUGGAAGAGCAAGCUGACGAAGCUUGGCUCCCUCGGUCUGCACGAGACAAAUAUCUCAGAAGAACUUCUAUUCAUGGUUCAAAAGAAUUUGUUCGCAUUGAAGGACUUUUUGGACAAGAAUCCUCAUCUCUUUCAUUCGGGCACUGCUGAUUAUACCGGAGCACGUGCUGCGCCUGCGAGUGAUCAAGAAGCCUGGAAGGCUGAACAAAACUCAGUCGCUCAGCUUCAGACGCUUCUGGCUCGCACGAUUGAGGGCGCUUCUUUCUUUUUGCUUCUCAAUGACCAUCGGAUUGGAGAACUGAUCGCACAAACUGACGUAGAAACGCAGAAGCUGAUCACUUCUCUGACCUUCGAAGAACUCAUCACCGGCCAGAAUGGUGUGGCAGCCUCUCGGGCCUUGGUGAACGUGGUCAUUGACCAGCAGAUUGGCCAACAAAUUGCGGUAAGGGCUUUGUAUCCAAACCUUUUGGGUGUUUCUUUCCAGGUUGAUACAAUUAGCGACGUCUUGCAAGCACGUUGUGGUUCAUUUUGUAGCACAGAUGAUGUGAUGCUUUACAAGGCGAAGGAAAAUACCCGCAAGGCUGUGGAAAGUCGCAACCCGGCGGAGCGUCAAAAUUUUUUGAGCGAGUCGCUGAGAUUGUUCAUAAAAGGUGCUCGUAUCAUUGACUUCGAAAAACUCCGCGAAAUCAUUGGCGAUUACCAACAACUUCAGUAUGUUAAGGGUGCGGUCGAACUACCGUUGCAUUGCGCGGAGGCCUCGGAUUCGGAUCACCUCGGCCAAGAAUAUUGGCUCGGUACCCCUCAGAUAUCGUCCGCACCUGUGGCGACCUCUACUUCGGCAUCUGCCGUUGCUUCGGCGGACGUUGAUCCGCGGAAGGAGCACUGGGAGCGGAGGGCACGAUGUUAUGACUUGGUUUUGGACUCUUUGGAGUCGUUUGAGGGCAAGACUGGGAAGGAGAGUGAGGAUGCAGAACGGAUUAGAGCUCACGCCUAUGAAUUGGCGUUUGCGAGCCCUGACGAAAUGUUUCACUCAUGUCUGUAUGAGUGGUUAAUCGAUCGGGGGCUGGCGGAUGAAUUGUUAGAGAUGCGCCCUGCAUACCUCGAAGCAUAUCUACAACGUGACCCCCCUACGGUGGACAAGUAUCAACUGCUCUGGCAAUUUUAUGUUAAAGACGGCCAGCCGCUACGAGCAGCACAAGUCCUCAAUGUUUUCGCUGAAUCCAUCGACUUCCCCCUCACACUUUCUCAGCGUCUCGAAUAUCUCACCCUCGCCGUUGGCAAUGCCAAGUCACAUCCUGUCUCCGUCGGCGGUCAACAUGAGUCUGCCAUUGCCUUCCUCACAGAGCUUGAGGAGAAGCUUGAUGUCGCCCAGGUGCAGCUUGAGAUCUACAGCAUGUUGUUACCCCGCGUCCAAGAAUCAGAGGACGAGGGCUUCAAGCAAAAGGUUGGCUUGUUAGAGCGUGGAUUAUACAACAUUACCGAACUGUUUCAGGUCUAUGCAGACCCAUAUGAUCUGGGCGUGGCCAAACUCCUUAUUUUUCACGUCUCACAGCAUCGAGACGAGAAAUUGCUGUGUGGGAUCUGGGAUCGUCUGAUUGAAGAAGGUAUGUGCGUCGCUCCUGCUGAAGCCGCGGACAAGCUUCAAUCCGACAUAGUUCCCUUAGGCCAGCGAUUCCAUCCGUCAGAUUGCGCAUUCCCAUUCCGACAUAUUGCCCUCCUCCUCGUAAGGUUCCAACUAGUAAAUGCGGCUGCCAUUUCCCCCGGCUGGGUUCCGAGAAUCUUGGUCCAAUGUGGGGUGCCAUAUGCAGAAGCAUGGGACGUCCUACACCAGAUGUAUGACUCCCAGAUACCACCAUUCACUACGCAAGAGGCCGUCCAUACACUCUCCGCUGCUAUCUGCAUUCUCAUGCAGGAUUGGCUGGAGGCCGCGAAGCGCUCGUCCAGCGAAUACUUCCCCGUCAACCGCAUCGAUUCGGCGGUGGACGUAUAUCUUCGGGAGCUGUCAAAAGACGACGCGUGGAAGGGCACCCGUGAGGGGUACGAGAGCAUUCGACGCGAGCUUCGGCGGAAUUGGUGA